CCUCGCAGCCUCCAAGAGAACGCCGAUCCCUCAAAAUUGGGGCUAUGGCCCUACUCCCCUGGCCCUGUAUUCCAACAGCUUCUCGAGGACACAAUCGAGCACCCGCGCACCACCUCAUCCACUCAACCCAGCCAAAACUCAGCCCCGCUUCAGCUCCCCGCAAUGUCCACACCCGGAUCUAACGAGCUCAGAAUCGACGCCGGCGUCUUCGUCGCAGUGGUCUUCGUCGGCGUAACCGUGCUCAUCUUCAUCGUCAUCGCGUGGAUCUUCGGCUACCAUGUGCUCAAGGACCGGGAGGCGAGGAAGAAAGAGAUGAAGAGACGUGCGGCGUACGUGAAAGACGUGGAACGAGGAUGUGAUAAGGCAGAGCUGGAGCUGCCGGCGGAGUACAAGAUAGCUGAGCUGGAGCAGCCAGGGACGCCGGAGCUGGACAGCAAGGAGGUGAGGGAGCUGUGGGUGGAGGGAUGUGCGGAGGAGAUGGAUGCGGGGUUGGGGGUUGUGGAGUUGCAGGCUGAGGAAUGCGAGGUGGAGAGAGAUGGAGGGAGGUGAGGAUGUGAGGCCUUGAGGUUCGGGAUCGGUUUCCACCCUACCAUUCGCAGCAGCCUCGAUUGUGGCACUCGACUUCACAAGCCCAUGAAUUCAUCCUCACUCCUACAAACAGAUGAAAAUACAGCUACGCUUCUGCCUCGCGGACUGUGGGAUCCUUGCAAGCAUUAUGCAUACGCGCUGUGGCGUGCGGCGCAGUCAUGGAAGCACGU